UUUGAACUUUAUUAUCACUUUUAUUGAAUUUGAUUAAAAUUCAUGUUUCUUCUUAAACCUGAGUUGAUUCAAAAUUUUUUUUUCGUUUCUUGGUUUAUGAUUAUGAUUAACUGUUUCCUUGUUUUGUUACAGUUGAAGUAAGUACUGGCUCAGUUUCCUAUAAAACACGGAAACUCAUGUAAUAUUCAUCCAAACAUAUGCACCUCAAAAGCAAGAACGUAUUUUAAAUGUAAUUUAUUUCAUAAAAUUUGUAUAUCUUGUACAAUCCUCAGAGGUUUGAAAUAUGAUUCUGAAAAUCGGAAGGGGAUUUUCGCGAGUGACUUUUAAUAUUUUUCAAUUCAUAGUAAUAUUGUUGUUUUUGUCUUAUAGUGAAUUGUCUCCGAGAUGUGAACGAGGAUGUUGUCCUGACUAUUACAUGGAUUAUUCUCAAAAUGAUUGCAUCCCCUGUAAAAAGGGAUAUUUUGGGCUCAACUGUGCUUUUCGAUGUACAUUGCCGUCUUACGGACGAAGGUGCCUUCUGAAGUGUAAUUGUUCGAAUGACAGGUGUCACUUUCAAAAUGGAUGUCUUCAUUUUUCCACUGACAGAAAAAUAAAAACAGAAAAAUCAACUCAUUCUCAAUCCACAAUUUUAGCAUUUGAUCCCAAAUCUGAGGAAAAUUUCAAACAAGAUGAUGUCAAUCAACCAAAAAGUCCUUGCUAUUCAAAAUACAAGAAGAAAUGGACAAAGACAAAGAAAUCUUUAAUAACUGUUACAAUAUUACUUUUUGGCUUUGCUUUUUUCAUGUUUGUUGCUUAUUUGAAAAUAUGUAAAGCAUUCCAGGAAAGAGGAGCACGAUAAACUCAACUUAGCAAAAGGCUAUCUAGAACUGAGAACAUCAAUAUCUAAUUUUUCUUUAAAUUAAAUGUAUAAUUGUGGGAUCUUACUACGUAUUCGUUAUCAAGAAGAAAGACACAAACAGGACAGGAAUCUUGAACUUUUUCUGUUAGUGACAUUAAAUAUGCCCAAAUGACCUUGGGUCAAGGUUUUAACAUGAGGUCAUGGACAAUCUUUUUGUGAAUAUAGUUGAUUCAUAUCUCCUCUUUCAGAAAGAUAUUGACGUUUACACAGGCCGAAAAACAGCUAGACAUACGGAAAAAGUGAUUCCUAUAUAUUCCCUUUGUCUACAGGGGAAUAAAAAAAGUAUGCACCUAAAAUGAAUAAAUAAUUAGGAAGUGUUUUGA